UUGUGGUUUUGAAUGAGGAAGAAGCGGGAGAGGUUAUCACUUCGUUUUUUUUUUUGCUUUAUUUUCUACUCGUAUAAUUCUGCAAGGCGCCGAUAAACGUAGAAGCUGCGAAUGUUAGAGCAUCAAAUACACAGGCAAAAGAAGAAGCGGUAGCUAAAGCUCCGCCAGGGCUCGACUAAUAUCAGGGAAAGAUUUGAGUAGAGUCGAACGUAAACUAGCUACUGCGCUAGCUAGCUGCCAAGCUAUCCCCGACACGGGAACGCGCGCUCACACGACUAGCUGGCUAACUUGACGUUGCUAGCUAGUUAUCCGGGCUUCGGUAGCGAUGCGAAUGAAGAGACCGGGCAGCCAGAGUUUUGAAAAGCUUUGGCAGCCUCAUCGGCGCGGCACCGCUAGAGGAUUCGUUUUGUGUCAGUAGAGGUUUGGCGCCGCCACUCCGCUCCGAAGAUGUUUAACAAGCUGUAUGAAUGGCUGGGAACGGGCAUCGCCAACCUCCGCAACGCCAACGGUGAGCCCGCGAGCCAGCGGCGGGACGCAGCGGCUGAGCGCGACGGUCACGCGGGCAGGAAGAGAGCCUUCAACUGCUUGGAGGAAGGAGCGGCUCCUCCUCAGCAAGACAGGAACGCCAAGAGGUCCAGGAUGGAGGAUUUCAUGGACACGGUGAAGACUGCAGCGGAGGGGGUGAAGAACCAAGGCUCCAGCGUGGCAUCAUGGGUGCGAAAUAACGUCAUGAGUCCUUCGCUUGGCAACAUCCUAACCUCGAUCCCAGCACCACGCCUCCCGCCAGCUCUGCCUUCACUGGACCUUUCCCAAUCCCCAUCUCCAACUGUCUCUGCUUGGACGGAUAGUGAGUUUCUUUUUAAGACUCCUGGUUCUGUAAAUGAGAGUUUCAUCACUCCCUCAACUAGUUUAGGAUGGAAGGCUGCCUCUAAAUCAGAUUCCUCAAGGAUUGAGAAGUCUUUGACUGGUUCAAAGGCUUGCACCAGACAAGGUUGUGCAGACCCUCUGCAUGAGACUCCUAAAACCAACGGGCACUCUGUCAGUCUGCCGCCUCCCAAGAGCCCCGUGUCAUGCCCCUGCCCUCGCCUGGGGAGGUCCCUACACCUGGGACCACGUAGAUCUCUCAGCCAGAAGUACAGUGCAGGAGAUGGAGCAGAAAACCCAAACUUCACCAGCAUGUAUGAGAAGACCUUCCCUAUUCGUGUGGUGCAGAGUCCACCUGUCGUCCGCUCCACGUUCCUCCGCCGAAGAAGGCCUCUCUGCACAGCACAAGAGUCAGUGCGUGAGGAGGAGAAAGAGGUGUACCGACAGCUACUGACUAUGGUGUCAGGAGGACAGUGUCCGUUCUUUGGGAACGGAAACUCGUAUGCGCCUUUACGCUCACACAGAGACCUCACUAGUUUCCUGACCUCUAGACGUCGGUUGCUUAAACAUGCACCCUCUGCUGAUUUGGGACAAGGCGAGCUGUCAGAGGGUCCCGGUGCCUCUCCUAGCCUCCACCGAGAGAACAGCUUCAGUUCCAGCAAUGUUCCAAGUCCAGGGGCAGGGUCCAGUGAAGCCGAGACCCACACUUGGGCUGCCCUCUUCGACCUUAGCUCAGGGAGUCCGCUGACAUUUCCAUCAGGUCCAAAUCCAGCUGCCCUGCAGGACACUUCCUCUCAGGAUACACAGUCAUCAACACAAGAUGGUGACUCUGUGAUAUUUGUGAAGGAGCAGCAGGGAAAGAAAUCCGACAGCAGUGUUCCCUGUUUCAAGGCUGAACUGUGGAUCAAAGAACUGACAAGCCUUUACGAUUCUCGUGCACGGGAACGGCGGAGGCUGAUUGAGGAGCAGGAAGCCCUAACUGCACAGCUACUAAAACAGCGUUUGUCUGAAGAGAGUCACCUAGGUCAGGGUGGUGUGGAGCUGCAGGUGCGGGUCCCACUAGAAAAGGAGGUUCCUCUGGCUGCCAUUGUUGAGGAGGUAGAACCUUUCUCAAAAGACGAAGAGUUCCCUGAACUCACUGAGUCAAUGGAGAUGGAGGUGACCAAGGCACUGAGGGGAAGCAAUCUCGACGAGGUUCUGAGUGAAGGUUUUCGACAAACUAUCACUCGAAAGGAUUUGCAGACACUCAGCCAUCUCAACUGGCUGAAUGAUGAGGUAAUCAACUUUUACAUGAACCUGUUGGUGGAGCGGAGUCAGCGGCCAGAUCUGCCCUCUGUCUACACUUUCAACACUUUUUUCUAUCCCAAGCUGCGCAGUGCGGGAUUCUCCGCUGUGCGCCGCUGGACAAAGAAGGUGGACAUUUUCUCCUCGGACAUCCUGCUGGUUCCCAUCCACCUGGGGGUUCACUGGUGCCUGGCUGUGGUAGAUUUCCGGAAAAAAAGCAUCUCCUACUUUGACUCCAUGGGAGGCACCAAUGAUGAGGCCUGCAGGAUAUUAUUGAAGUACCUGGCGCAGGAGAGCAGUGAUAAGAAAGGCAGAGACCUGGAUGUUUCCCAGUGGGUCUUGAAAAGCAAAAAAAGCAAUGAGAUCCCUCAGCAGAUGAACGGAAGCGACUGUGGAAUGUUUACAUGCAAGUAUGCAGAGUAUAUCACCAAAGAUAAGCCGAUCACAUUCACCCAGAAACACAUGCCCUAUUUCAGAAGACGGAUGGUUUGGGAAAUCUUGAACCGGAAGCUGCUGUGAGAACGUCUAACUGGGUUAGAUACGGUGAGGAGCAGCCCAGGCGUCAGUCAGUCCCGCUAGGCACGUUUGGAGAGGAGGAGAUGGCCUGACACCAGCACCAUCAGCACUUCCCUACAGCAAGUACACGGAUCACUCCAGCGCUGCUGCCAGGUCCCCUUUAGCUGCGCAUUGAAUACUGCCAGGGGCUGAUGACCUAUUUGGGUGUUUGACUUUUAUAAUGUACAACUUGCCUCGUGGCGAACAGUGUAGCUUCAAGCUCUUUGUCCGUCUAUUAUUUAAGCCAUGUUUCGUAAAGAGCUGAAAGAUCUCGAACUGUUUGUCCCUGCUGCCCAGGUGUAUUGUCUUCUAGUAUUAAUUGUCCUUUUGUGCCGGAAGCCAGGCCUCCCGAUCAUAGUUGCAAAAGGGGAAGGUGUUUAAUGGUGAAGGAGAGAGUGGCUCUCUGUAAAUCAGUGUUUUUAUGUAGUUUGAAGACAACCAGCAGGUUUUUGUAUAACAAAGAAUUCAGUACAAAAUGAAUGGCGCGUUACAUGGCACUGUUUUGAAAUCGGUACAGCGGUGGGAGCUGAUGCCAGUUUCAGGAUGACUUAAUUUUCACCAGCUACCUGUUUGGCAUGUCCAUCUACUUUUCAAUCCUCCGUUUGAUAUGUUCAGUAUUCCUUAUACGAGAAAGCUUCUGCGUAGUCAUUUGUAUUUUGUCCUUGCGUGGUGUGAUGAGUGCACUGCAGGGAUUGCUGAAGACAGCGACUUAUAUGGAGUAUAAUUCAGGUGUGUGGAAGGUAGCUCAUGGGGUCAUACUGUACAUGGAAUUUAAUCAAAGGUGGACACAUUUUAAAAGUAAAGCUAUUUCUAGAGGUUUUUGCAGAAUAUUUACAAACUUUUGUAUAUACGUAUGAUUCUUGAAAGUAUUUCAUAUGCAUUUUGUAACUUUUAUUACCCAUUUUGUAUCCAGAGGAGAUCCUUUGUAGAAAUAAAUUGGAGAGAGACCAUGCUUUACUGGCUUAAGGGCUGAGUCCGUGGUUAUUCUAAGGCUGGUCGGUACUAAUGUGUACAUAUUCUUACGUAGCAGUUCACUCACUCUCUUGUAAUUGUUUUACUUCCCUGACUGAAAGACAAAACCCAGGGAAAAACAAGAUCUUUUUAUUAAAAAAAAAAAAAAGCAAUUUCAGAUUCUAACAAAAGAAUGUGCAUAAGCAAAAACAAGCGCAAAAGAUCAGUAAUUUCAUGGCACAAGUUUUUUUUUUUUUUUUUAAAUUUUCAACAUUUAGUACAAAAGGAGUUCCUGUAUAAAUAAGGAUAAAUGCUUACAAAACAGGUGUAUUGUGAGAGAUGAGCCAGUUGUGUGGGCUGGAUCUGUUUCUGUCCUAAAGGAUGGCUAUGAAACCUGGGGAACAAAGCAGUUACUAUAGCAAACAGUCACAUCUUCAUACCUGCUCUUUAUGGGGAAAUAUUAAAGGAGAUGGUACAAGAAGUGCUAACAGGAGGGUGACGCUCAGCCUUUGGGUAACACGAAGGCAAAGUUAAGCUUGUUUUGUACUAACGCUGGAAAAAUUUAAAGCACAGUUGAACUGUUUGUUCCCCAGGGUUCCUUGCAUAGAUUAUCCACGUAAUAUUACAGAACAACCAGCAUAGCCUGCACCUCACAAACUACUUUCACAUCCUCAAAUAGCAGCAAAACAUUUGAAACUAUGAAACAUCGGCGCUGGAGCACCGAGGACUCGGCGGACGCAGAGUGUGACAUGGCGCCAAGCACCCAGCUUCAGCAGAAACUUGCCUCAAGUACACAUUUACCAAUCAUUAGCAAACCAAUUCAGGAAAUUCAAUCUCCCCCCAUAGUUUAGACCUACAGGGGCAGUAUAAGUAGAUUACCCAACAAUAUUUUCAAAAUACUCAACUGAAAUGGAAGACUAACAUCUAUUUCAUAGUUUCAAAACUUGUGUACAUUGUCUUACUGUUUUUCAGCAAAAAUUUAAAACAUCUUCCUUCAUGAGGUGUGAGCUAAAACAUUGCAUUGUGGAGUCUGAACAUGAGCUUACUGUAUCAAAAAGCCAAAGUUUGCCCAAAAAUAAAGACCAAACACACAAAUGGUCUAAAACAUGUCAUGCAGUCAUUUUUCCCUUCUGUAGCAAUAAUUUACUCUGAAUCUGCAAAGUACAUUAAUUUCCUUAAAGUCACUGCAGAAAGGAUCACAACCCUUAAGCUGCACAACAUAAUUUUGAGUUGAAGUGCAGGCUGCCACCUUUUCCUGUCCAAUUCACUACUAUAUACUUCACCUUAGUCUAUGCUGAGGUUUACAUUUGGAGAAUAGGGGAUACCCAGCCCCUAAAUGUCCAGAAUCCAUGGAAAAUGAACAAACUUAUGUUAUAUAAACACACCACACAGAAUGAGAGCUUGCUGACUGGCUGAUGGCUUCUGAAUCUUUGGUAACGAAAAGAAAUAAGUUAUUACAAGUAUGAAGAGAAUGAUGGCAACACCCCUUUGUAUAAAACGGUAACCUGUGUAAAUCAUCCCUUUCGUUCUGUAUACAACACAUUUAUACAAGUACACAAAUCUUCAGCGGUAAAAGAUGCACCUUGUGCACGCAUACAAUGGCGCGUUUAAAUCUACAAGACACUGGAGAGAAAAAAGGGACAAUUUAUGCAAAACCUUAGUGCACAAUGAGAAUGUUUCUAAAAGCACUGAAUGCAGACACCUGUAGACCAAGUUAGGUUACCAUGAGCACAACUAUGUCUCACUGAGCUUCAUUAUGUCUAGUGAGAGAGGAAGUGCUCACAUUGGGAUAGCGUGAUGAUGGUACUUUAAAAAGCCGCACAUAGAACGGACACCCGUUGGACAUGAUGGAUGCGGUAUUUUUCAGAG